CGCCCACGCCGCCGCCUGCAGACAGCGGCGCCGCUCCCGCCCUGCUCCGUCCCGUCCGCCCGCCGCCAGGUGAGCGGCGCGAGACCUCAGCGCCCACCAGGCCGGGCCCGCCUCCAGAGUCCUUAUGUUCACACAUGUCUCUGCUGAACUUGUAAAAGAGGCACUUGGAUGAUGGACUAACAGGAACGUUGAGAGUCUGUGAAAAGUUUCAGAUCGGAGAGUUUUCAAUUUUCACCCUAGUCCGGCAGCUGUGCUGCUCACGUACAUACAGAUGAAUGAAGACCCCAUUCGGGAAGACACCUGGCCAGCGGUCCAGAGCGGAUGCAGGCCAUGCUGGCGUGUCUGCAAGCAUGAUGAAGAAGAGGACGUCCCACAAAAAACAUCGGAGCAGUGUGGGGCCGAGCAAACCCGUUUCCCAGCCCCGGAGGAACAUCGUAGGCUGCAGGAUUCAGCAUGGGUGGAAGGAGGGGAAUGGCCCUGUCACCCAGUGGAAAGGAACCGUUCUGGACCAGGUGCCUGUAAAUCCUUCUUUGUAUCUUAUAAAGUACGAUGGAUUUGACUGUGUUUAUGGACUAGAACUUAAUAAAGAUGAAAGAGUGUCUGCGCUUGAAGUCCUUCCCGAUAGAGUUGCGAGCUCUCGAAUCAGCGAUGCGCACCUGGCCGACACGAUGAUUGGAAAGGCAGUGGAGCACAUGUUUGAGACGGAGGAUGGCUCCAAGGACGAGUGGAGGGGGAUGGUCUUGGCACGCGCCCCUAUCAUGAACACGUGGUUCUAUAUCACCUACGAGAAGGACCCUGUCUUGUACAUGUAUCAGCUCUUAGAUGAUUAUAAAGAAGGCGACCUUCGCAUCAUGCCCGAUUCAAAUGAUUCUCCUCCAGCAGAAAGGGAACCAGGAGAAGUUGUGGACAGCCUGGUAGGCAAACAAGUGGAAUAUGCCAAAGAGGACGGCUCUAAAAGGACUGGCAUGGUCAUCCACCAAGUGGAGGCCAAACCGUCCGUCUACUUCAUCAAGUUUGAUGACGACUUCCAUAUCUACGUGUACGAUUUGGUGAAAACAUCCUAGAUGGCAUCAUGGACUUCACCAAAUUUGUGGAACUAUUAAAUGUAUAAUUUGUAGACAUAAAGACUUGAUUGCUUUCCAGUUUAAUGAAAGCUUAAAUGUCCCUGCGAACCCACAAUCUCUGCCAGCAGAACUGGUUUUGUUCCGAAUAGUACAGAUUUAUGUGAACACAAAGCAUUUUGUGUAAGGAACUCCUUCCUCUCAAAAGAAGUCUGUCUGUCUGGAGGGGAGUUAACAGGCAAGUUUGGUACAAGUUAGGCUAGCCCCAUAGUCAUUUCAAACUGUAGUAGAUUUUCCCCACUUCCCCGCCACUGUUUUGCUCGCCGACUCUGCCGCCGCAAUGCAAGUAUAGUUUGGUAUUUUUGUUAUUGCCUUCUUUGAGAUAUAUAUGUAUCUAUAUCUACCUAUCUAUAUCUGUGUGUGUACAUAUGUAAUAUAUACACACACACACAUAGAUCCGUGCGUGCGCACGCACACAUACACUUAAUUGGCAGUCCUUUCUUUGUGGAUUGGGGUGGGGGGUAAAUAAUAUUCUCCAGUUUAACAGGAGUACUUGUCCGAAGUCAGUCAUAUUUAGCAUAUUACUGCUGUUUAUUUAAAAUUAAAUGUGGGCACAGGAGACACAUAGGGAUGUUCAGCUUCUUUUCAAAGUCAGAAGUUCAGACACCUUUUCAAUCUGGAGGCUUUAAACUGUGAGUCCAAACAUGAAUCAUUUGUGAACAGUUGCUGGACCCACGUUAGGAAUUAACAAAACAGGAAUUUGGGGUGAAAAGCUGCCUUUAAUUCUAAGCUUUGUAAAUUUUUGUUUACAUUUUUUUAUCAUACUUUUUUGUUUUUAAGUGAAGCCCAGGUACUUGGUCCACACAGUGUGAUGCAGGCAUAUUUGGACAGCACACCUGGUCCGUUAUUUGUAUGAGUCCGCAGUCUGCAUUCUAGUAUGUGGAUUUGAGAGGCAGCAGUACAGCAGUGGUGUGUGUGUGUGUGUGUUUGCGUGUGUGUGGUAAGUUCCUGGAAGAACCUAGUGCUUUUGUAUUAGAAGUUCAAGUUGAAGAAUGGCAUUGCUGCCUUCCGACAAGUUCUGGGACACUUCUUUUUAUUACCAUUCUUGCUGAUCCAUGAUUGUGGUCAGAAGGCUUUCCCCUCGGCUUUUUCCCACAAAGACUAUCCAGACAGACGAUAGCUUUGGUCCCCUGACACCUUCUGUGGUGCUGUACGGUUUUGCCCCCGGUAUGCUAUGGAUGUGGAUGCUUCCCGUCCUGUGGGCCCUGCUGUGUCAGGGUCCGUCACCGCACCAGCUUUUGUGGUUUAUUCCUGCAAGGUUGUUUUAACUGAAGUAGAGCUACAGAAGUGGGGGUAGUGGCGGCAUGGCCAUCUGUUGCCUUGUGUCGGAUGAGCCCUGAUGGGCUGGCUGAAAGCUAGGAGAGCAGCAGUAUGUGAAGCCAGUCUCCUGUGGAGGGUGGAAAUCUUCCCUGUGUUUUGGGCAGAAGGCUGAGUACGCAUGUUGUCGGUCCAGUACCAGAAGGCCAUGCGGCUUCAGUGUUCGGGAUUCCGUAGUUCAUGGCCUCCCCACGUGUGGUUCACUUGGUUCCCACUUUUGCCUUUGGGAAGACCAUGCGCUGUCGCACUGUUGGAUGGUAGCCCCGCGCCUCACCUCAGGCGGCAGCCGGGUGCCUGGUCUCAGACGGUCCUUCUCCUUGGACAGGUGUCUUGCUGCACGUCUUGUCACCUCUUUUCCUGGUGGCCCUUCUGAGAGUCCCUGCAUGUGAAUCUCAAGGCAGAGCCCGUCUCCCCACGUGCCAGUGGAUAUGUGUGCCCAGACAGUGGGGGCAGCCGGCAUACGCACGAUGUGAACGCAGCACAGAGGCAUUGGGCUCCAGAACCGGUGUCAUUUGGCAGCAUCCUGCAGGGUGGGUCAGUGGAGGCAUCCCGGCCUCACUCACUGACUUGCAUUGUGGUUUUUUUGCAAGUACCUUUAGCACCUUCAGUACCACACGGUCUGCCUCUCUCCAGACGAAUGUGACGCGUGGUCAUCAUCCUCUUUUUAGUCAUCGUUCCACGUAUCGCCUUUAGGGCGGAAGGAAGGGGAAGGGGUUUUUUGUUAUUUUCCUUUUAUUUGCCCCAUUCUCUUUUCUUUCGGUGGCUUAACUCCCACAUCCGCGGUGACUGAUCCCACUCCUUCGCCCGGGAUUUCAGGCUUCGUUUUAGGCUCACGUUUCUGAUCUGCAUGCAUUGCUUGCCUUUUCCUGGUAUUGGGAUGUUGGUUCCUUGUUCCGGGAGCCCAACAUUAGUUUCCAAAAUUAUCACGGGACUUGUGACCGCACAAGACCUGAACCUGUAUAAAAUGUCCCGGCCUUCCUCACUGACCUGCUGUAGUGUUCUUGUGUCGUGUGCGUGUGACGUCUGGCUGCCCACGUGAAGCUUCAGAGGAGAACCUUAAGCGCAGACCAUCCUUUUUUGCAUGCUCUAUUCUAAGUAGGAUGUUCAAUGUAACUAACUGAACUUGCAUGUGAGAGAUAUUUAGGUUUUUUGUUUUCUAUCUUUGUUUUUAUUUGUUUUCAGCUGUCUGUAUAUUUGCUUCCUGUGCUGUUGUAGUGGUCGUAGGAUACAGAUGCACUGGUGAAGCAGUGUAGUGCCAGCAGAAGGUGAUUUUCCAGCCCUGUCUGUCGUGCAGCAUUUGAAGGGACUGUGCAUUCUUGAAACUCUCACAGUUACUUCUAAGCCAGAGUUCAUUCCUAUUAUUGUUUUACGUGCCAAACCCCGAAGUGCAUUGGGCUUGAAUCUCUGAACGCUGUGGACCCAUUAGAAGACUGUUUUGAUUGUCACAAAUUGUAGUGCCUGAAAACAUUCUUAAGCUGAUUGUCUUAAAAAAAAAAAAAAUAAAAAAAAGUUCUCCAAAGACAAACAGGAACAAUUAUUAUAACAGAAAAUAAUUAUGGUCGAAAUGUCUGUGGUUCCUUGGAAAUGCUGCGCUUUUUGUAUUUUCCACCGUUAGUGCAGUUUGAACGAAUGUGUAUAGUUCAGAGGUCUUCGUGUUCGCAUUUUAAAAUUAGGUAAAUGACCUCAUCUUUCAAGCUUGAAUUCAUUUUUAAUUUUAAUUUUAUUUUAUACAAUGUGUAGACAGUUCCCUGUUCUCUGCAUUUAGAAGUAUAAACAAUAUAAAUCUGUUAAUUCUGUAAGUAAUUUUUAUAAUUAUGAUGUAACUCUAUCCUAUCCUUAAAACAUUUAAAAUAAACCCUUUAUGUGCAACUUCCGACUGUAAAUUUUGUGCUCAUGAGCAAAAUGUGAUGUGUUAAACCUGCUUCUGAAAAAGUUUUUAAAGUUUUACUUUAAGAUCCUUUCACCACAUGUAAAUGUCAGAUAUGCAGAGACAGAAAUAAGUCCGACUUUACUUAAAUGGUAACACUCAGUUAUUCCCGAGGGGAGAGGGGCAGUGAUCAAUAUCCCAAAUACAUUCUCUAGUCCAAAAUAUUCAAGUUUGUGAUUUGCCAUUAAUGAGAAAAUUUAUCAUAAAAUUUUAAACUGAAUUGUUUUAAAUAGAAUUAAAUAAUAUGUAUUUUAUACCUUCA